AUGGCCUUAGUGGUAAAAACGUUGUGUUUCAGCAGUGGUGAUGCCAGCUUUGAAUUACCUGGGAAGCUGUUCGGCUUGGUGAACAUCAUGUUUUGGGACGUGUGUGUUUACUCUCACCUGGCCAUUUCCCUAAAUCGACUCAUUGCUAUCACACUACCGUAUCAAGCAGUCGCUCUACUCACGGUGAAGAAAACGGCUAUCGCCGUCGCCAUGGCAUGGUUUCUCGGUUUUUGUCACAUUAUUGCCUACUUCUGGACGGAUACGUGCUUCAUAUACUAUGAUAAUGUUUCGUGGACCUGGAUAUUCGCCGAUACUGUCUGUGGCUAUGUCAUCUCCACCUACACCGAUUGCUACAGCAGUCUAGCUGUCUGCACUGCUAUUUUUCUUCUGGACUGCACAACUCUUUUUAUGUUGAGGAAGAGCAUUCAAUUUGCCACUUAUUGUCCUGAAGCCCCAUCGAUAACACAGGAUACCGGAGCCCUCUUACUACUAUAA